GUGGACAAGCAGGAAGAUGACGUGAUGCAGUCUGACGUGGCAUACGCGCAGCAGCUUGAGCUGUUUCUGCACAGCGGCCGCACAGGCCGACGCAACGCCAUCACCAGCGUCGACGACGACAACGCUUCCCUUUCCACAGCCGGGCUUCCCGCUGCACUCGACAAACUCACCUGUUCCGAGGGUGAUGAGAGCGCAGGCAAUGACGCACCCACGAUGAGCCCACAGCAGACGCAACCAGACACAACAAAACCGAACGCCGGAAAACCCGACCAGACGUAGCAGUUGGAGGCGUGGUUUCGUUGCGGCCGUCGCCGAUUAGAAAUGUCGCAAAUUGCGACGGCCACCUAGUCAUUUCUCCCACUGACGAUCUCAGGCAUUUGCGUCAUUAGUGUCGGACGCGAGAACUAGCAACGCGGUCGUCUUAACAGCGGUCGUGUUCACAGAUGGACUGUACUAUAAGUGUUGUAAUGUGCGUGGUGUCUCAUUCCAUAGUUGAAACACCAAUGCUUACACACGCAACAUCAAACGUCAAAGAUGAGGGCGGCAGGCUUAUUACAGGAUGGUUGCUUCCAUUGCCCUGCAACGUUUUAUCUGGCGAAUUUACGUGAGUGAACAUAUGAAAGCAAAAACUGUAGGUUCACGUAUUGUGCUAUAAAACCCGAGUGACUGCCAAAAAUUACCAUAGAACUUUGACAUUUUGCAGCUUUUAUCCGAUGCCAGUGCAGUCAGCAGAACUGCACACAAACCAUCUUCUCUAAGAUUGAAAAACUAAAUAAUAGUACAUGCUGCGAAUACAACAAAUACAAUUAUCAGACUUAAUCAAGAUCAAUUGGCAACUUUUUGCCUGAAUACGCACAAGGAAUAAGCUGUACCUUUAAAUAAAUCAACAGUCCAUGAACCGAGUGGUUUGCUGUUGGCGGGUCGUCAUGAAAUUAUGUUAAUGUGUUUUCUUAGCAUGUUUCUGCGUGUGUGAGGGAAGUAGGUUUAUCUGCAUUGUGAAUUUAAUCCAUUUGUUCUUGUGAAAAUGCUGUUUUCAUUUAAUAACCUCACUUUUGCAACCGUUUUGUGAUAGGUGGGUGAACAUCAUGCUCAGUGCAUUCCACAGACUAUCUGUUGGGCAAGUUUUGUUUAUUUGCAUUGUUAAUAUCGUAUCAAAAUGCUCUCUAGUAUUGUCCUUCUACCAUAUUGCCGACAAAUACGAGUCGGCCACAUUUUAUUAUAUAUUUCAAUAAAUUUCUUGUCACGUCAGACUCAUACUCUAUAGAUACAUAAACACCUUUUAAUGCAUACCCUUGCCCAGAGUAGUUACUUAUGUUGAAAUAAUAGGAAGGAAAACCACAGCUGGCCGUAAUCUGGAUUUGUUUGCUAUGCCAUUCUCUUGAUGGACCCAAAUGAUCACACAACAAAUGUGAUUGAUCACUGCGUACACACUCAUGACCAUACUUGCCAAUAUUUGAUGACUGCUGUGAAAGAUUUGCCCCAAUCACUGGUUUCUGUGAUGCAACGUAUUUGGGGAAUGCCACGUAUUUAGCGAUUGUGAUCGUCAACAUCCACCCGUGUAAAGCGAAUCUCAUGGAAAGUUCCCCCCCCCCGAGUAAUGAGUUUAACAGUCUCCUGCACAUUGCGUUGGAUAAGGUAGCAAGUGAUGAGAAUGUUUACUAAGAACCAUUGGUACUUCUGUAUAAAGUGUGUAAUGUCCAAAUGUAUAAUACAAGAAAGAAUUUUAGGUAAAGAUGCGAAAUCAGUACUAAUAAAUUGUUUACAUUAGAACGAA